AUGCCGCAGCACAGCAUCAUCACGCUCAAUUCGAUGAUCCAGGGAUUCAUCCAGAUGGGCUGGCUAGAAUCCGCGAUCCAAUCGUUCCACGCCAUGCCGGAGAGAUCGGUGAUCACUUGGAGCUCCAUGCUCGUCGCGAGCGCUCAAACGGGGAGUCUGUACGACGCGCGCUCCUUCUUCGACAAAAUGCCCGCGCGUACGGUAGUGACCUGGACAGCCAUGCUGGCUGCCCACGGCCAACAUGGCGACGUGGACGCCGCGAUGGCGGCCUUCGACGCAAUGCCAGAGAGGAACACCGUGACGUGGAACGCCAUGCUGGCGGCUUAUGCCAUUAACGGGCAUGCCGACGAGGCAAGGAUGCUGUUUGAUUCCAUGCCAGACGGCCGCACAGUUGUGACGUGGAACACUCUCGUCACUGGAUUCGCCGGGUCAGGACGCCACGUGGAUGCGAUCGCGGCCUUUGAUCGCAUGCCACGUUGGAGCAUCGUGUCCUUCAAUUGUAUGAUCCAGGCAAAUGCCCAGAGAGGGCAAAUGCAGCGCGCAAGGGAGAUCUUUGACGAGAUGCCCCAGCGCAGCGUCGUCUCCUGGUGUCUGAUGAUCACGGCGUAUGGGCGAUCGGGGAGCGCGAUCGAGGCCCGGGAUCUCUUCGAUCGAGCUCCCAAUCGAUCGCUCGUGUCCUGGAACGCGAUGCUGCUGGCGGCGGCUAUGAAUGGCGACGCCAAUCUCGCCGCGGCGGUGUUCUCGCGAAUGCCCGAGUGGGAUUCCAUCACCGCCAACAGCAUGGUGUCGGGAUUGGCCGAUGGGGGCAGGGUCUGCGAGGCCGAGGAGAUCGCGAAGCGCAAUUCGAAUCCAAAAUCCUGGACGAUCAUGCUGGGCGCGUACGCCGACAGCGGCGAGAUUGAUCGCGCGAGGGCUCUGUUCGAGAACAUGCCAGUGAAAGAUCUCGUCUCCUGGAACGCGAUGAUGCAAGCCUAUGGCCGAGAGGGCAGCGCGAGCGAGGCCAGAGCCACAUUCGAUCGAAUGCCCAGGAGAGAUCUCGUGUCAUGGAUCUGCCUCAUAGCGUCUCUGUCCAGGAACAAGCUCGUGGACGAGGCCGCGCUAGCGCUGGAUCGAGCGCCAAUGCUGGCCGAUAGCACGCUCACAGCGAUGCUCACCGUGUAUGCCCAGAGUGGGCAUUUGCGCCACGCCUGGCAGAUCUUCGCCGCUAUACCCGAGAGGGACUGCGUGGCGUGGACGGCCAUGAUCGCGGCGUAUGCCCACUUUGGCCAUCUCGACGACUCCUCCUCGGGAGCUCUGGAGCUGCUCUGGAUGAUGGAGCUCGACGGUGCUCGGCCAAACGCUGUCACCUUCUCGGCGGCUCUCGCAGCGUGUAGCCACUUGGGCGUUGUGGAUCUGGGACGGGAGCUCUUUCUCUCGAUGGCAUCGGAUCGAAGCAUCGUUCCCGAGCAGCAGCACUACUGCUCGAUUGUUGAUAUGUUCGCCAGGGCCGGGAGAACUCGAGAAGCCGAGGAGCUCCUCCAGUGCAUGCCUUUCCAGGCCGACGAUAGAUCCUGGACUGCGCUUCUCACGGCUUGUAAGAACCAAGGCGACAUACCUGGAGCUACUCGAGCGGCCGAGUUUGCCAUGACUGACAGCCAAGGCGGUCCUUACUUGUUGGUGUCCGACUUGUACAAAUCGAUACUUCGUUCCUGA